AUGCUGGCUGCCGGGGCUCGAACGCGGGCUUCCCAGUCCCCACUUCGCACCUUCCCCCAUCCAUCAUUCGCCGCUGCGGCACUAAGCUGCUGCUGGCUGCCGGCUGCCACUGUUUUCUCCGGCGCCUCGCUGUCCACCAACAAGCCGCUCAACGGCUCCAACAGCCACGUCUCGCAGCGCAUCAAGAACUUCUUCCGCAUCAACAGCAGCAACGACACCCGCAACAUCUCCGACGACGCCAACCACAUCAGCUUCGACCCCCAAGAAUGA